AGAAGAAGAAGAAGGGGAAAGCGGAAGUGUGAGAACCAAAACACAUGUGUUGAACAGUUGUUCUGCACCUAGACAGCGUUGCGUUUCCUCCCGUUUUCUUCGUGAAGUUGUCGGCAACGUGGAAAUGGACGAAACGAUUGUUCGAGCCAACAUUCCUCAGGAUCUGGUGAAGGUUCUCGGUGUUGAGCCCCAGACCAAAUCUAAAGCCGAGGCCUUCACCCGGUCGUUCCUGAAGAACAGCAUUCGGCCGAACUCGCGAACUGAUCCGAAGAGCAUGCUGAGUCACAAGGCGGUGCUUCUGGAAUACGCCAGGCCCAAGAAGGACAAGUCCAAGAGGAAGAGCAAGAGAGCCAAAGGACUGAACGCUCGGCAGAAGAGGGCGAUGAAGAUCUUCCAGAUUAAGCCGGAGCACCAGAGAUACAAACUUUUCCUGCCUCUGCAUGACCUCUGGAGACAGUACGUCAUUGACCUGUGCAACGGAUUGAAACCGACAUGCACUCCACAGUUUGUGCAACAGAAGCUUCUGAAGGCAGACUUCCACGGUGCCAUCAUCACAGUGGUUCGCUCUAAAUGCCCAUCAUAUGUCGGCGCCACAGGGAUUCUCGUACAAGAGUUCAAACACAUCUUCAAAAUCAUCACCAAAGAAGACAAGCUGAAAGUGAUCCCCAAGAGGAACAGCGUGUUCGAGGUGGAGAUCAACGGCUUCGUCUCGCACAUCUACGGGAGCCGGUUUGAGCAGCGAGCCAGCGAGCGCUCGGCCAAGAAGUUCAAAGUGAGAGGAACCAUCGACUUGUGAGGCGUCAACCACGCGGAGAGACGGAGAGAACGGCAACGGCAGGGACCGACGUGUAGCGGAUGCAUUGAGGCCAUUUACUGGACUGUAAAAAAUAUAUAUAUAUAUAUAUUUCAGUUUUUGGUUCUGUUAACACCAAACUGAAUAUGGCCGACUUUCACAAAUAGGUGUCACUUUAUGUGAGCGGUGAACUCCACCAACAUGGCACUCUGUUUACUUGUCAUGGGGAGUGUGAAUCAGCCAGUCAUACAGUUGUAUAGUGUCCUCUGUGUCGGGAGGUUUGUCGGGUCUGAAAACCGAAAUUGGCAACUCGGUCCACUUGAUUGUACAGUUGUGUUUCAGAGACACUUUAACCAGACAGCAGGCAAGUUUAAUUACUGGUCAUAUUUAUUUAUUGUAUGUUUAGUUUUUUUAUAUAAUGUUCCUGAAAUUAAAUGCAUACUUUUUUGAUCAUUUAAUAUUGUUUUGUGCUAGACAAAAAACAAUGAAAUGCAGACGUGAGAAAUUAUUUUUCUGUCUUAUUUUGUUACAUUUGAAUUUGUUUUGUUUUAUUCAUUUUAAUAGAAAAACACUAAUAUUCAGCAAAGAAAAGUCUCGUCAAAACUAUCAACUCUUCGAGUUUCGAACCGUUUCAACAAGCUGUAACUGUCAUGCUCAGUUGUCAUCCAGCAGGAAGCCAGUCCCAGUCUUUAGCUCGUGGUGUUGUCCACACGUCUGCUCACAGCGGGCUGAAGGAGUUUAAUGUAAGCAGCCAGAUGGUAGAAAACAUCCGCUGUUUGAUAGCAGUAUUUAGUUUGAUUCAUCUCAUUUAAUUUCACUAUUUAAUAUGUAUUGUGCAGCAGGGCACGGAGCAAACGUGCGUGGUAACCACACAAGUGUACUGCAUCCCUUAUUUCAAAAGAAACCUGGUCAUAAAUCCUG